GGAGGGGAGGGGGAAGCGGGAGAACGCGUCGGUGUGUGUACGAGUCCGUUUCCAACACGACGUGCUUCCCUAUGCUUUUUGUUUUAAUUUUCUAGAGGCCACCGGCUCCAUCUCGUUCGCCUACUCAGUUUCGUCUUUUUUUUCCUCUUUGCUUUCCUCCUCGUCGUGUAUCCGUCCCCCUAUCCGCCCGCGCCGUCACGGCUUCCGUCGUUGCUCGCCGUCCCUCGUGAGAGCUCCACGAAAUGUACCACAGUCACACAGUGGUUUUCACCACUGUGGAUGCUGGUGGAUGCUGCUAUGUAGGUAGGUAUAUAUUCUCAUCCUCCCCUCCCCCCCCCAUCUCUCCCACGCCUGCUUUUCUCCAUUCUCCCACGCUGGUCGUCCCCACUGCGCCCUGUCUCUCGCUUUCCUUUUCCUUCCAUUCCGUUUAUCCCUUCCUCGCGACGCGCUCUCUCAUACCGCCACCCCUCCGCUACGAAGUAAAGGGCUGAACCGGCCAGUGCAAUUCCCGACGAGAUCGGCGUCGAAUCUGUGCUCUCGGUGAUCGUGCACGUCGUGUCUUAUCUCGUUAUCUCGAGGAAAGCCGAUUUUUUUUUCUAUUCCUCUUUCGCGACGAGUCACCACCGUUUUUAAUUCGACUGACGGAAGUGAUAAUCAUCAAGUUCGAAGGGACGGUUAACGAAGAAGCGGAGACAAAAUGGUACGGUCAAAAAGUGAUACGGCGUAGCACCGAGGAAUACAUACCAGAAUUACGUACACUUAUACACAUACGUGGAAGGGAUUAAUCGCUAUGAUGACAAUUAUACCGUGCGAUCUUCGACGGAACUCUGAUCCAGCGAUCCGAUCCAACGACAUCAUGCCACGACACAGUGCUGGUGAAUGAAGGCACAAGGAACGCAUACGGAGGGCGACGACGCCCUUGAGGCUUGAACGGGGAAAAUAUGGUGCACGAGGGCACGGGUCUAUGGCACGCGGCGGGAUUCAACGUAUCGAAGUGGCUGAUGAUCAUAAUACAUGGAUACCGGGUCACCACCCUCGUCCUGUACAUCCUGCUCAACGUACUGGUGCGCACCGAGUAUCCUACAGCAGUGACGGCUGAAAUAGUUGAUGUGAACAUGAACUCGUUGGACGGCACGACGGGAAAGCCAUUAGAUGUCGAUCUGCCACCAACCCUGCCGAUGACCUUCGGUACGGAAAAUUCAACAUCGGUUUCAGCGCAAUCAGGAUCCACUGCCCUGAUGCCUUGCGUUGUCCACAAUCUAGGAGAAGGCACGGUGUCGUGGAUCAAGCGAAAGAACUUAUUGUUACACGAACUACUGACCGUAGGACUAACGACAUACGCCAACGAUGAACGGUUUCAGGCAAUUCAUUUCCACCACAGCGAAGAUUGGACGCUUCAAAUAAAAUACGUCCAACCAAGGGAUGCCGGAUUGUAUGAAUGCCAAGUGUCCACCCAUCCGCCCACAAGUAUAUUUCUGCUCCUUGACGUCGUCGAAGCAAGAGCGGAGAUAGUCGGCCCGGUGGAGAAAUUUGUGAGGCCUGGUAGCACGUUGCAACUCCAUUGUCUGGUAAAGAAAUCCACGGAAGUACCAUCAUAUCUUUUUUGGUAUCAUAACUUCCGUAUGAUUAAUUACGACGUUGAUCAAGGUGUUAAUGUUAGCACUGAUCUCGUUGGUCGGGAAAGCUGGUUGGAGGUACCAAAAGCGUCGGAUCGUCACUCGGGCAACUAUACCUGCGAGGCUAGUAAUGCCCAGCCGGCGCGCGUCUUGGUGCACGUUUUCAAGGGUGACAAUCCGGCUGCCAUGCAGCAUAGCAUGGCGUCAUCGCCAUCAAUGAUGGCCUGCACCGCGUUACUCACCAUGUUCGUCACGCUCAAGCUAGCUCUGCAGACGAACUGGAGUUUAUGACGUGCAUAAGUGCAAGACUCGCGAAAACCCGGAGUGUGUUAGCGAAAUUGUGUAACAUUGUCGCAUGAUAUCCAUAUUCAUGCGGAGAUGUGCUCUAGUUAUAAUCGCCGAAGUUAGAACGGCAACAUGAUUAUGGUGGUUCCAAAUUAAAGAUUCAUCGUUGUUAUCGGAAUGGUUACCAGAACAUUUGAAGCUGCAAGAUUGGCUGUGAUUGAUACUAUUUAUUCGACGAUCAACUUUCCGCUCUACGCUGCCGGACAAAGUAGUACUGAAAGAUCAGCUGUGAUUAUUUGUGUCAUCGCGAGGCAAAUAUCUAUUUAAUCCAUUAUAUAUAUGUACAUCUAAUCAUAGAGUUCAGGAAGGAAUAUGCAACAAUGUAAUGCUAAUACAAAGCAGGAUAAUUAUAACCAUCAUUGUGAGAUUAGUAGUGAUCUAUCAUCGUAUGAUCGAUGGUCCGUGUACCGAAAAUUUUUAAUCAGGAAACAGUGUAUCCAACAGAGACCAAUAUAAUAAAAGUAUAAUGGUAGCACAUCUUGUUUGCGCAUGUAUUUGAACGAUUAUUCGUCGGACGAAAGAAGUUGAAUGCUAGCCUGGAAUAAAGUGUCAGCAUAACUUUCAUACGAGUCACAUAUUAUUAUAUCAUCCAUUCUUCUGUCGACCGAUCGCUUACAUUCCAUGUCACAUGUGGGAACGAGAAAUAUAUUAGGUUGCAAUGCAAAAGCGGAGGAUAUUAUGAAUGCAAGAUUAACUCACACUAAGAUUGUAUUCACAAUCGUCUAUAACUCGCAUGUUUGCAAUGGAAAUAGACGGAAGACAAAUUUGUCAAUCCGAGUAAUAUGAAGAGUAUCAUUUUGAUGAAUCGGAACUUCUAUGAGCCCGUGAAUGUGAAUGUGAUAUGUGAAUGUGCGAAAUUUAUUUACCCGUUCGUAUUUUGUGGAGCAACGUGAUACGUAAUUUAGUGUUUAAAUCGAGAUAAAAAAAUUAUACAUGUAACAGAUACUCCAUCAUGCGUCCGUUCUAUUUGUAACGCACAGAAAAGCAAGACCGAUAGCCUGGAUCAAAGCUGUCCGCGAUGCAUCAAAUCGUGAUGCAUAAGCAGCGUUGAUUGCCACGAUGAUACAUCAAGACUCAGCUACAUCUAUCGUAAUGACUAUCGUAAGCUCCUUACGAUAAUCGUAACGCUCAUCGUAAUAACCAUCGUAAGAGUGGACUCAACUUCAACUCACACGAUUACGAACUUGUCUGGCGAUAUGAUAGCCAAUGAGAAUAUAGUUAUUUAGCUCUAACAUUUUGUUUCGCUAUUAGCUUUGUUAUACGAUCUUAUGUAGACAAACAAUGUUUUACGAUAGCUUUUUUCCUUACGAUCAUGAUCGCUUACGAUCGUAACGUUACGAUAGAUAUACAGCUAGGUCUUCAAAAUAAAAAAACGACGAUGAUGUACUCGAUGGGGCAUAGUUAAUUGCAUGAUACCAUCACAGCUUCGUUCCAAGGCGUUGUAAAUAUGUUGCAGAAGAAAUAUGUAGUCUGUUUUCUGAGACUGCAUAAGAACUCUCUUUUCGUUUUCGACAAAUAUCAAACAAAUACCUAUCUCACUUUAUGUUCCAAAUAUAAAAGUGUAUAUUAGUUCAGUCACAGAAAACAGACCUAUCGUUUCGCAAAUUAACGAAAGUAACGUCUUCUUACGGCCGGCCUAAAAUACUUUAUUGGUGAAUUAAGGAUGAUUAAUAAAAGUCUGAUGCAAUAUUACCUUCUUUCCGGAAGCUCUGGACAACACUUUGAUAAGUGGUAAAUAGACACGAGUGAAAGUAACGUCGCGAGACUAAACAAACUAAACUUGCUACUACGUGCUCUCUAGAAGAAUAUUCCUAGAAGGAUUCUCUAGAUGGAGCGUGCGCGUGCGCAUGCUCAUUUAUUACAAUCCAGGAUGCGAAAUUAUUAUGCUAACGUUUUUUUUAUUAUUAAAAGCUUACGGAAAUCCAGUACUAAAGAACAUUAAACCGUUCGCAUCAAUAGGCAAAAUGCGUUUUGCGUUUGUAAAAAAAUCAGCUUAAAA